UUAAAGGGUGUGUGCCUUAUUUGCACCACCUCUACGGUAUGUGCCUCUGGUUUAUAAAAGGAGGCUCUUCACUGCAGUCCGCCGCUCCACUUUCAACACAGACGUCAGCAAACAUCCAUCAGGAUCCGCGCACCAGGAUGAAGAAGAAGUUGCUCCUCGACGUGGACACAGGGGUGGAUGAUGCUCAGGGCAUAAUGUUGGCCCUGGCGGCCCCCAAUGUGGAGAUUUUGGGGAUCACCUGCUGCCAUGGCAACACACCGCUGGAGAACGUCCUCAAGAACACACUGCGUGUCCUGAAAGUCUGCAACAAGCUGGAUAUCCCAGUGUACCGCGGAUGUUCAGGGCCUCUGCUGGGUCAAGCGCGCCACGCUGGAGAUUACCACGGGAAGGACGGGCUGGGUGACGUCCCAGAUCCAGAUGCUCCAGGCCUGGAGCUGCUGCAGAAGGCAAAUGCCGUGCAGGGAAUGAUCAAGAUUGUGAAUGAGAACCCUGGAGAGGUGAUUCUAGUGGCCACGGCCCCCCUCACUAACCUGGCCGUGGCAAUCCAACUGGACCCCUCCCUCCCUAAGAAACUGAAGGCCCUCUACAUCAUGGGUGGAAACAUUGAAUCCAGGGGUAACACCACAGAGUGUGGAGAGUUUAACUUUGUGGCUGACCCUGAAGCUGCCUUCAUUGUGUUGGACCGCUACACCUGUCCCACCUACAUCGCCACCUGGGAGUUCAGCUGCAGGAGCAGCCUGCCAUGGUCUUUUUGUGACCAGUGGCUGGCCCAAAAAACAAAGAAGGCUGCCUUUAUGAAAAAGAUUUCAUCUCUUUCAAUGAAGAAAGCUCAGUCAGCAGAUUAUCAAAAGGAGAUCACAGAAGGAAAAGGGUUCAAUUCCUGUGACACGUACGCCGUGGCCGCUGGUCUUCAGAUAAGGGCGAUCAGCAGGAGACAGCAGUAG